UUAUGCUUUGAUGCCAAUGACGUCAGUGCUCGAAGUCUGGAUCUUUCAUCAUUUUUUGUGAUCGCAUCAUCUCGCCCAAGCAACAGAUACUAGUACCGGUAUCUAUUGACACCUAUUGAACUAAUUGCUACUGGCUAGAGCUAGAGGUACCAUUUGUUAUCAGUGAAUAAGAUACACGUCCUGUAAAGAUGCAGAAAGUCCUUUCCUACCUGUUCCUCUCUGGCUUCUUGAGUCUGGCAGUUGGAUUUUGCCCCAUGCCGACUGCUCCCGCUGAGAAGACGCAACUUCUAGCGACCAAAGAUGACAACAAUCCAUUGUUCCAAGAAGAAAUCUCUCGCCGUGUCGCACUCGUCCUGGCCGCAGCCACCGCGGCAGCAGGCGUGGGUACCCUCCCAGCCGCCGUUGCCAUGCCUCUUUCCGGCAAGGUGGAAGCAUUGGAAUACGAAAACAAGGACCUGGUCAACGUCAAGGGAGCCCCGGAAAAGCACUUGCCACAAACCACCGUUAAGGGUACAUCGGUCAAGGUCGUGGUGCCUCACGUUAUGGAUCCGGAAAAACCGCAUUUCAUCGAGUAUUUGUGGCUCAAGGAUGAAGAUUCGAACAAGGUGAUUGAAGCCAAACACUUUGUGGCCACUGACGCGGCUCCUCCUACCCUGGUCGCCAAAGUAGCGAAGGGGACGAAAGUACGACCAUUGUUGUUUUGCAAUUUGCAUGGACUGUGGCAAGGAGAGUCCUUCACGGUAUAAGAGAAUUUGGAAUGAAUCAAAUCAACGCCAUCCGGUAGCUACAGUGCAAAAGAUAAGCGACAGUAUCGCUAAGUACCUGAACAGACCGAGCAUAGCAACAAUUCACUUCAGACUUUCGAUUCUUGAUCGAUUUCGCCUGCAUGCACUUGACAAACGAGACACUACAGAGUGCAUGGAAUCGAAUCAAAUGAUUCAAUCGUAGCAUCAUUCAUGAGAAAUUACUUUUUACCUUCCACUCUAGAUCUACCGGACUUGUAGCGUGAUACUUAUCCUGGUCCCGCUCUCCUGAACCUUUCAAGAACCCUAGACUACUCAUGCCUCCUUUCCUUGUUCAGGGAUUAUUAGCUCUUUCACUUCGGGGCGUUCCGCUUCCACAUCAAUGAGCUUUAGGAAGUGCCAAGAAAAAGGCAAUAAAACAAUCAUUAGUAAUCACACAACAGGCCCACCGGUACAUCAUUCUAUUUUAUUCUAAU